CCCCCCGGAUCCGACCGCCACUUUCAAAACCCCCCACCGCUCUAGAACCGCGGGAGCUUCCGUCCCUGAGUAGAAUUCGAGGGUGUAAAGAAGAGGAAGGGGAAAAAAUCUUGUACCAGCCCAGGGGUGAAGAAGCCCCCGGCCUGAGAAAGAAGGAAGGAGUGGGGGAGGCGAACAAUCUCGUUGCUGCCUCUGUGUACGCUGAGGGGGGAGGAGUUGUAUUUCUUAGAAGAAAGAAGCAAACUAUCAUUUUACUCACAUUAAAUAUAUGAAUAUGUUUCUGACAUUGGGGUGUUCCAGAAGAUGAUAAAGAAAUGAUAGCAGCUCCAGAAAUACCAACUGAUUUUAAUCUACUACAGGAGUCAGAAACACAUUUUUCUUCUGACACAGAUUUUGAGGACAUUGAAGGAAAAAACCAAAAGCAAGGCAAAGGAAAAACUUGUAAAAAAGGCAAAAAGGGCCCAGGAGAAAAGGGCAAAAGUGGAAAUGGAGGAGGAAAACCUCCUUCUGGUCCAAACCGAAUGAAUGGUCAUCACCAACAGAAUGGAGUGGAAAACAUGAUGUUGUUUGAAGUUGUUAAAAUGGGCAAGAGUGCUAUGCAGUCGGUGGUAGAUGAUUGGAUAGAAUCAUAUAAGCACGACCGAGAUAUAGCACUUCUUGACCUUAUCAACUUUUUUAUUCAGUGUUCAGGCUGUAAAGGAGUUGUUACAGCAGAAAUGUUUAGACAUAUGCAGAACUCUGAGAUAAUUCRAAAAAUGACUGAAGAAUUUGAUGAGGAUAGUGGAGAUUAUCCACUUACCAUGGCUGGUCCUCAGUGGAAGAAGUUCAAAUCCARUUUUUGUGAAUUCAUUGGUGUACUAGUAAGGCAAUGUCAAUAUAGUAUCAUAUAUGAUGAGUACAUGAUGGAUACAGUCAUUUCACUUCUUACAGGAUUGUCUGACUCACAAGUCAGAGCAUUUCRACAUACAAGCACCCUGGCAGCUAUGAAGUUGAUGACAGCUUUGGUAAACGUGRCAUUAAAUCUUAGCAUCAAUAUGGAUAAUACACAAAGACAAUAUGAGGCAGAACGGAAUAAAAUGAUUGGAAAAUCAGCCAAUGAGAGGCUAGAACUCCUGCUACAAAAGCGAAAAGAGCUUCAGGAAAAUCAAGAUGAAAUAGAAAAUAUGAUGAAUGCAAUAUUUAAAGGAGUGUUUGUACAUAGAUAUCGGGAUGCAAUAGCUGAAAUCCGAGCUAUAUGCAUUGAAGAGAUUGGCAUUUGGAUGAAGAUGUACAGUGAUGCUUUUCUUAAUGACAGUUAUUUAAAAUACGUUGGUUGGACUAUGCAUGAUAAGCAAGGUGAAGUAAGGCUCAAAUGUCUUACUGCUCUACAAGGGCUUUAUUAUAACAAAGAGCUUAAUUCCAAACUGGAGCUAUUUACCAGUCGGUUUAAGGAUAGAAUUGUGUCUAUGACCCUUGACAAAGAAUAUGAUGUUGCAGUACAAGCAAUAAAAUUACUCACUCUUGUUUUACAGAGUAGUGAAGAAGUUCUUACUGCAGAAGACUGUGAAAAUGUCUAUCAUCUGGUUUAUUCAGCUCACCAGCCAGUAGCAGUAGCAGCUGGAGAAUUUCUCUACAAAAAGCUCUUCAGUCGUAGAGAUCCAGAGGAGGAUGGAAUGAUGAAAAGAAGAGGAAGACAAGGCCCAAAUGCCAAUCUUGUUAAGACAUUGGUAUUUUUCUUUCUGGAAAGUGAGUUACAUGAGCAUGCAGCAUAYCUUGUGGAUAGCAUGUGGGACUGUGCUACUGAGCUGCUGAAAGACUGGGAAUGUAUGAAUAGCUUGUUGCUAGAGGAGCCACUUAGUGGAGAGGAAGCUCUAACAGAUAGACAAGAGAGUGCUUUGAUUGAAAUAAUGCUUUGUACUAUUAGACAAGCAGCUGAAUGUCAUCCUCCUGUAGGAAGAGGGACAGGAAAAAGGGUGUUGACAGCAAAGGAAAAGAAGACCCAGUUGGAUGAUAGGACAAAAAUCACUGAACUUUUUGCAGUGGCCCUUCCUCAGUUAUUAGCAAAAUAUUCUGUAGAUGCUGAAAAAGUGACUAACUUGUUGCAGCUGCCUCAGUACUUUGAUUUGGAAAUAUAUACCACUGGACGAUUAGAAAAGCAUUUGGAUGCCUUAUUGCGCCAGAUAAGAAAUAUUGUAGAGAAGCACACAGAUACAGAUGUUUUGGAAGCAUGUUCUAAAACUUACCAUGCACUCUGUAAUGAAGAGUUCACAAUCUUCAACAGAGUAGAUAUUUCAAGAAGUCAACUGAUAGAUGAAUUGGCAGAUAAAUUUAACCGGCUUCUUGAAGAUUUUCUGCAAGAGGGGGAAGAGCCUGAUGAAGAUGAUGCAUAUCAGGUAUUGUCAACAUUGAAGAGGAUUACUGCUUUUCAUAAUGCUCAUGAUCUUUCAAAGUGGGAUUUGUUUGCUUGUAAUUACAAACUCUUGAAAACCGGAAUUGAAAAUGGAGAUAUGCCUGAGUAGAUUGUUAUUCAUGCAAUUCAGUGUACACACUAUGUAAUCCUCUGGCAGCUUGCUAAGAUUACGGAAAGUAGCUCUACAAAGGAGGACUUACUGCGUUUAAAGAAACAGAUGAGGGUAUUUUGUCAGAUAUGUCAGCAUUACCUAACCAACGUAAAUACUACUGUUAAGGAACAGGCCUUCACUAUUCUGUGUGAUAUUUUGAUGAUCUUCAGCCAUCAGAUUAUGUCAGGAGGGCGUGAUAUGUUAGAGCCAUUAGUUUACACCCCUGAUUCUUCAUUGCAAUCUGAGUUGCUGAGCUUUAUUUUGGAUCAUGUCUUCAUUGAACAGGAUGAUGAUAAUAAUAGUGCAGAUGGUCAGCAGGAGGAUGAAGCCAGUAAAAUUGAAGCUUUGCACAAGAGAAGAAAUKUACUUGCAGCAUUUUGUAAGCUAAUUGUAUAUACUGUGGUGGAGAUGAAUACAGCUGCAGAUAUCUUCAAACAGUAUAUGAAGUAUUAUAAUGAUUAUGGAGAUAUCAUCAAAGAAACAAUGAGUAAAACAAGGCAAAUAGACAAAAUUCAGUGUGCUAAGACUCUUAUUCUCAGUUUGCAGCAGCUUUUUAAUGAAAUGAUACAGGAAAAUGGMUAUAAUUUUGAUAGAUCAUCUUCAACAUUUAGUUGUAUAAAAGAACUUGCUCGGCGUUUUGCUUUAACUUUUGGACUCGAUCAGUUGAAAACAAGCCAUCCACCUUUAAAUUUGGCAUUUCUUGAUAUUUUGAGUGAAUUUUCUUCUAAACUACUUCGACAAGACAAAAGAACAGUGUAUGUUUACUUGGAAAAGUUCAUGACAUUUCAGAUGUCACUCCGAAGAGAAGAUGUGUGGCUUCCACUGAUGUCUUACCGAAAUUCUUUUAUGAGAGAACCCAAAAGAUUACGGCCUGAGGAUAGCUUCAUGAGUGUCUAUCCAAUGCAGACUGAGCAUCAUCAAACUCCUCUUGAUUAUAAUCGGCGUGGUACAAGCCUAAUGGAAGAUGAUGAAGAGCCAAUUGUUGAAGAUGUUAUGAUGUCCUCAGAAGGAAGGAUUGAGGAUCUUAAUGAGGGAAUGGAUUUUGACACCAUGGAUAUAGACUUGCCACCAUCAAAGAACAGACGAGAGAGAACAGAACUGAAGMCUGAUUUCUUUGAUCCAGCUUCAAUUAUGGAUGAAUCAGUUCUUGGGGUGUCAAUGUUUUAAUACCAKUACACAAAUAAAUCUGUGGUGAAGUCAAUUUCUAAGUGGAAGAGGAAAUUUUAAAAUAAAAGUGUGGUAGAUACAGUGAAAUUCUGUACAGAUUUUUCUCUAAGGAGAAUAUGACACGCUUAUGCUUACCAAGAUUCAAGUGCAUUGAGGGGAAGUUUUGUUUGCCUGAAAAAAGUAAAGGACAAGUAAACAAUUUGAUGAURAGCUACAGUUUUUCUUAGAAAGUAAAUAUUUUAUUUAUGCRCUGUUAGUUGGCUUUUWAAUMAAUUAUUUCAUGCUUUUUWWAAAAAWAUAUAACAAUCUGAAGAGGCAUWUGGUACAGAUAAGAAUCCUCUCACAUUUAUUUACUGGUUGUACUAAUUAAUGAUGACCUCUGCUGGAUUUCUGUUUACAUCUAAGAAAUGUUAAGGAUGAAUUUAUUCCCUGACCCUGAAAUUGUAGGAUAGAAUUGUUUUUAGCAUUCUAAAUUUAAAUGCUUAAAACAUCAAUCAACAAAACUUUGUUUUAAAUAUUGUAAUUGUGGAGAAAAGUUAAACUUAUAAGCAGAACUUUUACAAUUUUUCAUCUAAAAUGUAUUUUAAGAUAUUUUUAAAAUCCAAGAGCUUCUCUAUACUUUUCAGAACUAUCCAGAUGCAGUGAACUGCCAGAAGGUAACCAGUCUCAAACAUGCUUAUCCCACUAUCAACCCUGAAAGUUUGCUUGUCCUUUAAGAUAAAAAUGUAAUGUUGUGAUAUUCCUUCCAGUAGUGCCACUGUAUUUUGUCUCCAAAUAAAAGAAGCUUAUUGUAGUAUGUUUGCAGAAAAAUUCUAAACAAAAAUUAUACAGCUUAUUAGAGUGUGGGAAURGGGAUCUAAAUUUUAAAUAAAAUUAUAUAUAUAUAUAAAUUGGUGCUGAUUUUAUAAUUGCGCAGUUUGUUUAGUUUUUUCUUACUUUUAAAUUCCAACUUAAAAUUAUGAGGUUUCAGAAAUAUAUUGAAAGUUUAACAAUGUUUAAAAAUAGAAAAGCAUGAGUGUUCAUGCUUUAAAAUGAUUUUUAAAUUUGUAUUUUAUAUUGUUUUAUCUAUCUGUCUUUGCAAGCAGUCUUCAGGUUAAAGAUACUUCUAACAGGUUACAGUACAUUUUCCUCUGUAUGUAAAUUAGAUGGGAUAAUAGAAUUCAUAACCCAUAAUAUUCUUUGAAAGCUAAGCUUUAAACUUCAUUUUAUGUCCUUUCACAAAUGAAUUAGUUUCAAACAGAAAGUGGCUACUUGCCAUUUUGACAUCAACUCAUUUUGCGAGGCUUAGGCAGCUAGACAUCGUUUAAAACAAAAUAUUAACUUAUAUUACAUGUGUAUCUAUCUUUUGUCAGUCGUCUCUCAGUUCUUGAGGUAUAUUAUUUUAAUCAUUCCAUGCCUUAAUAUGCUUGCAAUACAAGAAUAUCUUCUGAUGGGUGAAUACCAAAAGACUUCCAGUUUUUAGAUUCAGAAAUCAACAAGCAUUGGGCUGUGGUAGCCAAAAACCAUAGGUUAGCUAAAAGAUCAUGAUGAAAUACAAUUAUUUUAUUAAAUCAUGGUUAAUAACAAAUGAAAACAGACUUGUCUAACAGAUUUUCCAUCAACAAAUAUUGUUAUGUGCAAAAGUAUUGCAUAUGUUGUUUUACACACCACUGCAUUUACUAGAACUGCUGAGAGGACUGUAUAUAUGAUUUUAAACCUAAGUUGAUUUUUUUCCUCACUCUUGAAAGGAGUACUUCUUUGUGAAAGCAGUUCUUACAGCUUUGUUUUCAACCAGCUAAAAAAUGUUUUAUAUAUUACUCUAACCUGUUGUCCUCCACAUUCUAUUGUCCUAAUUGUACUGUUUUCUGAUUUGUAUUUAUGUCUUGAGACAGUAACUUUUUGAAUAAAAAUAAACCUACAGUA